UGUUUGAUUGUUAUUGAGUGUGGAAGUCGCGGCUUGAGUUCACUUUGUGGUCGUUGUUGGUCAGUCGGUCGUCGCCGCGUACUCAGUACGCAAACAACGUGGAACACUUUAACAACAUUAGAAUUAAAAUUCCGGGAUUGAAUUAUUCAAUGAUAAUCAAAUUCAAUCAAGUUUAAUGCGAAUUUAAGUCGGCAAUUUUUGGAACAAAGAAAGUUCAUUCAAGUGCAACAAUGUACAAUCGCACAUCAAACAGAAAACGGGGUAAUCGUCAGAAUGGAAAAGUCAAAAAAAUAAAAAUGUUGGGCGAUUACGAAGAGGAUUCGUCCUCGUCAGGUGGCGAGCUCACCCCAAGACGUAAAGCACCACAGCAAGAUGGCAACGUGCAGCAAAACAGCUCUUCAAUUCUUUCCUCGUUGCGUAGCGUGCUAAUCGUUAUCAGUUCGGCGUUGAUCUGCUUCGCGGCUGCACGUAAUUCCAUCACUUGGCAUUGUCAGAGAUUCUGGGGUGCGUCAGGUGAUUUCUGGCAAGGACAAUGGGACAAAUUUCUGGACAGCGUAACCGACGAUCCAUUCAUCCUGUGGGUCUUCGGAUCGACCAUUUUAACUUCUGGAGUGUAUUGGUUUGUCGGGGGUAUUUAUACAAUUCUCGACUUGACUAACAAACCGGCCGCCAUCAGGCGAUACAAAAUACAACCAGGCACAAAUGAACCUGUCGAAACUAGGAAGUUAAUCAAGGUAAUCUGGUCCGUCCUGGUUAAUCAGUUUCUAGUUGGCGUUCCAUUAGGAUGCUUGAUCUAUGUUUUCAUGGAUUACCGCGGUUUUCCGCCGAUUCGUGAACUUCCAACAUUUCAUUGGGUGCUCUUGGAGCUGGCUGUGCACAUUAUUAUGGAAGAAAUUGGAUUCUAUUAUUCUCAUAGGUUGUUGCACCACAAGGUACUCUACAAACAUAUACACAAGAUGCACCACGAAUGGACAGCUCCCAUAGCGGUGACUGCAAUUUACUGCCAUCCGCUGGAGCACAUCUUCUCUAACCUCUUGCCGCCGGCUCUUGGCGUGUUUAUCAUGGGUUCACAUGUUGCCACCGCCUAUCUAUGGUUCUCCUUGGCAAUCCUCUCUACUCUCAACGCUCAUAGCGGUUACCAUUUGCCAUUUUUCCCAUCGCCGGAAGCUCAUGAUUUCCACCAUUUAAAAUUCAACAAUUGUUUCGGCGUUUUGGGAGUACUGGAUCGCAUUCAUGGCACGGAUGCGACUUUCCGCACAACGCGCGCUUAUCCUCGUCAUAUUAUGAUGCUCAGCUUCAUUCCCCCACGCGAGGCAUUCCCGGAGUCCAACUGCAAGCACAAAAUGGGCAAAACCAACUAGACAAACAUACCAAAACCCCGCAUUUCCAAAAGACAUGAUUAGAUUACUAAUUACUACUUAAAUUUAUUAAAUUAGACUCCCGCUCUAGCCCACUCCUCGCCGACAGAACUUAAACCAUGAAUGUAGCGAUUGCCAGAGAACAAACACUUUUUAAAAAUACGUAUACAGUAUACAGAAACAAAUCCCAUUUGUGACUGGGUUAAUUUUUAGACUUUGUAGGCACAUGUAUUUAAUUUUCGUUUUUAACGAGAUUAGAAGCAACUAUAUAGAUAUAGAUGUGCUAAUAAUUAUAACUAUUGAUAAAACUUUAAUUAAAAUGUAACUGUAUAACUCCGUGGACGUUUAUUUGAUUCAAAUGUUCCGGUUAUGAGAUGUAUAAAUAAGUGACAAGGUGUUAACGCAACAGUGUGAUCGAAUGUGAUUUAAGAAUGCAAUUAUUCUUUAAAUACUACUAGUUAUACUACGAAACUAUUAAUGUUCUAAUAUUAUAUGACUUUACGUGUGUUUAUCAUAAGAGAGUCGCAUUAUUAUUAUUAUUACUAUUCUAUAACCAUGAAUGUGGCCAGAACGCUGUACUCUGUAAAAUUGAACUUUAAUACGUUGUAACUAAAUUAUAGUGUCGCAUUUGAAUGUUUAUUGAAUAUUAAUAAACGAUUUGUGAACUAUC